CAUUUUUAAGUUUCUUAAGAUAAACACAACUAUCAUAAGAACUUCUAACAAAAUUAUGUGAAAUCAUGAAAGAAUCAAACCUCUUGUACCAUUGUCUUGGCGAUUGGUUCAACCCAGUGAUCUUUUCAAUCUACACACAUGACCUUUUUUACCGGCGACCUCAAAAUCUUCCGGUUACCGGCGACCACAUCCUAUACCUCUUUACACUCACUUCAUAUUCCACAAAAAUGCAUUUUCUAGUCCUAGGCUCUAGCUUUCCAUCAUUUACCUUGAAUAUAAGCCGAAAAACCAAAGAUUCUAAGACUAGAAUAAUUUACCAGAGUAUUAUACCACGCUUUUUAUGAUGAUUUGAAUUUCAAAACGGUGUGAGAUGAGCAGUUAAAGGUUAGAUUAAGCUUUCACAGAUUCAACCAUCAACAGUGCAAAUCAGGGCGUCUUAGCUAAUCGCGGCAUUGACUCCGAACAAACAGAAAGUGAUGAAAGCAUUGGGGUGGUGGUUGAUAUUGCUAGGUUCUUUAAGAUUAGCUUCUGUUUGGUUUGGCUUCUUUGAUAUUUGGGCUCUUCGUCUUGCCGUUUUCUCUCAAACUCACAUGACUGAAGUUCAUGGGAGGACAUUUGGAGUUUGGACUCUUCUGACUUGUACGCUUUGUUUCCUUUGUGCUUUCAAUCUUGAUAAUAAGCCGCUCUACCUGGGAACGUUUCUGUCGUUCAUCUACGCUCUUGGGCACUUUCUGACCGAAUACCUGAUUUAUCACACUAUGACGCUAGCAAAUUUGUCAACUGUUGGCUUCUUUGCUGUUACGUCCAUCGUAUGGAUGGCAUUGCAGUGGAAUGCUCACCAAAACUCAUCCUUGAAGCAGAUGUAAUCUGGCUUGACAUUCUCAUUUUGUGGCUUGUUGUGUCACAUCGCCUUGUGCGGUUUUUUCAUGUUCGAAUUGAAUCGUCAUCAAGAGUGACCGAACAUUGUAUGUAGAUUUUGACAUGUUACUUGAAUGGUCUUAAUUUCUUACUUUAAUAUUGAGAUUUCAAGCCUUGUUCAUUUUUUGAGUAUUGAGAAUUUGUAACACAUUUUCUUUAUAAUUACUCCUACUAAUACUUUAAUCAUGAUCCUUGUAAUAGGAUCAUUUUGUA